UUCAAGCCACUGCCAGGACAGACCAGACCCAUCAGGACUGUACUGAUGAAGGGAGUCGCUGGCAUCGGGAAAACAUUCUCUGUGCAGAAAUUCAUUCUCGACUGGGCUGCUGGAAAAGACAACCAGGACUUUGACUUCAUAUUUUUUCUUCCAUUCCGUGAAUUAAACUUGAUCAAAUUAAAAAUGAGUUUACAGAAGCUGGUUCAGUGUUUCUGUCCAGAGAUAAAAUCCUCUGAUAAUGUUUUUGAUGGCCACAAAGUCCUGUUCAUCUUUGAUGGUCUGGAUGAAAGCAGACAUCCUUUAAACUUUCAGACAAACCAGAGGUGGUCUGAUGUGAAAAGGACGACUUCAGUGGACAUGUUGUUAACAAACCUCAUCAAGGGAAACUUUCCUGUUGACACCUGCAUCUGGAUCACUUCCAGACCAGCUGCAGCAGGUCUGAUCCCUCCAGAGCUCAUCGGCAGGGUGACAGAGGUCCAGGGGUUUGAAGACCAGCAGAAGGAAGAGUACAUCAGAAAGAAGUGUAAGAACAGAGCUCUAGCAGAGAAAAUUGUUUCACAUAUAAAGACACUGAGGAGUGUUUACAUUUUGUGCUAUGUUCCUGUUUUCUGCUGGAUUGUAGUUACUGUUCUGGAGCACACACUGGAAGAGAGCAGUGGGGCCAAUCCAACAACACUGACAGAUUUCUAUACAUACUUUCUCAUUGUCUUACUCACAGCAAAGGAACAGACAGAAAUGAAAGAAAAUGUCUUCAAAUCAAAUCAAAAAGCAAUUAUGAAACUGGGAAAGUUGGCAUUUAAUAGUCUGAAGAAAAACAUUAUUGUGUUUUAUGAAGAAGAUCUGAGAGAAUAUGGCAUUGAUCUCAACAACUCUUCUCUUUACUCAGGGGUGUGCAAGGAAAUAUUCAAACAAAAUUCAGCCUUGUUUCGGAAAAAAGUAUACUGCUUUUUACACCUGACAGUCCAGGAGUAUUUUGCAGCUCUGUAUGUUUUUGGUUCCUAUCAAAACAAUAAUAUUAACCCACUAAAGAAAACAGUUCUGGGUGUUUCCUGGUUGGGAAGAAUAUCUCUAUUCAGCCUGAAUGAGGUUGCCCUGGAAGGAGCUAUCCAGAGCAGGACUGGUCACCUUGAUCUGUUUGUCCGAUUCCUCUUGGGAAUGGAAAUGGAGAACAACCAGGAGCUUCUGAAGGGAUUCCUGUCACACACUAAAGAUCACUCCAGUGACAUCCAGAAAACAGCAGAAUUCAUCAAGAAACUCAUUAGAGAAACUUCCUCUCCUGAAAGAUGCCUCAACCUUUUUCACUGUCUGAGUGAACUGAAGGACAAGUCUUUAAUAGACAAGUUCAAAGUGACUCUGGAUAAAACAAAACUUUCAAGACAAAGUCUUUCACCUUCCCAGUGUUCAGCACUCACCUAUUUCUCACUGCUGUCUGAAAAAGAGAUUGAUGUAUUCAACAUGAGAGAAUAUGCUACAUCAGAGGAGUGUGUACGGAGAUUGCUACCUGUGGCAAAGAUAACAAAAACCCUUAG